AUGUCUUUAACAGCGAUCACACUCUUCAACCCAAAUGUGCCAAACAUAUCGCAUACAACUGCUAUAAGACUCAAACAACAACUGUAUAUAUAUUUACUGCAAAGAUAUCUACUAUUGAAAUACCGGUCGGAAUCAGAAUCACAGACAAGAUUACAGAAUCUAAUGAUUAUAUUGAAUGAAUUCAAAAUUGUAAAUAGUAACGAUUUGACCAAACCCUAA